GGUCAACAGGACCAGCGCCGGAGCCUUAUUGGCUCCGCUCAGAGCGUUUCCGGGAAAAUCCGACCAAUGAGCUCGCGCUCCGCGCUAUGGCCCCGCCUGCCACGGCGGUUUCGGCCUACAGGUCCCGGCAUGCCCCGCGCGGAGCCGGGAGGCGAGCAGAGAGGACGCUAGGGAACGCCGGCGGAGCCCGACGGGACGCGCGGACUCCAUUUCCCGUCGGCCCCAGGGCCGGAGCGCCGGAAGCCCGCCCCGCCCCUCAUUGUGCGGCUCCUACUAAACGGAAGGGGCCGGGAGAGGCCGCGUUCAGUCGGAGCCAGGCAGCUGCCGCGGUGUCUCUCUCGUCUCCUCGGCCUCCGCUUUUGCCAUCUUCCUCUCGCUUCCGGAAACAUGGCUUCUGGAGUGGCGGUGUCGGAUGGUGUCAUCAAGGUGUUCAACGACAUGAAGGUGCGCAAGUCGUCGACGCCCGAGGAGGUGAAGAAGCGCAAGAAGGCGGUGCUGUUCUGCCUGAGUGAGGACAAGAAGAACAUCAUCCUGGAGGAGGGCAAGGAGAUCCUGGUGGGCGACGUGGGCCAGACCGUGGACGACCCCUACGCCACCUUCGUCAAGAUGCUGCCCGACAAGGACUGCCGCUACGCCCUGUACGACGCCACCUACGAGACCAAGGAGAGCAAGAAGGAGGACCUGGUGUUCAUCUUCUGGGCCCCAGAGUGUGCGCCCCUCAAGAGCAAAAUGAUCUACGCCAGCUCCAAGGACGCCAUCAAGAAGAAGCUGACAGGGAUCAAGCACGAAUUACAAGCCAACUGCUACGAGGAGGUCAAGGACCGCUGCACCCUUGCCGAGAAGCUGGGGGGCAGUGCAGUCAUCUCUCUGGAGGGCAAGCCCUUGUGAGCCCCCCAGCCCUGCCCGCAGUAUCUCACAGCCCCAGGUCUGCCCUUGGGGGUUGCAGGCUGCCCCCUUCCUGCCAGACCGGAGGGGCUGCGGGGAACCAGCAGGGGGAGGGCAGUCCCUUUGCCCCAGUUGCCAAACAACCCGCUCUCUCCCUCCUCUCUCCUGCAGCCCUGAUGGCUCUGGUCCCCACAAACCGCUUCCAAUCUGAUUCCUUUUGGGUUGAAUAGACCAAUCUCCCUCCCCCCAGGCGCCCAGGUUUGGGGGGCAGUCCUGUAUUUUUUUUAACGAUACCUGCUCCCCACCUGUUCCCGUCCCUUCCCGUGCUGCCAACUUCUAACCACAGUAGUGACUCCGUGCUUGUUCGUUUAGUUCUGUGUGUAAAUGGAAUGUUGUGGAGACGACCCCUCCCCUGCUGGCUGGUCCCCCCCGCUCCCCUGGUCUCCAUCACUGUGGAAGCAGAACCAGUAAAGGGACCUUCAAUUAAAAAAAAAAAAAAGACAAUA